AGCAACAACGCGGGUCGGAGAGAAGACUAUCGCUACAAAAACAUCAGUUCCUUAGAGAAUAAUCGGAGAAAAACGUCUGUAACCCAACAUGCCCUACGUUCUCAUCAGCACACAGAUACGGUUGGAGACGGGGCCCACUAUGGUGGGGGAUGAGUAUUCUGAUCCGACUAUCAUGAGCUACUUGGGAGCCAGGAAAACCACCAUGCUUGGAAACAACUUUUCAGAGUACCAUGUGGAUGAGCCGCCCCGAUUGGUUCUGGACAAACUGGAGAAGAUUGGCUACCGCGUUGUCAGUAUGACAGGUGUUGGUCAAACGCUUGUGUGGUGCCUGCACAAGGAGACCAUGUGACCUGAUUGGCAACUUUAUAGAAAUCUCUGUAACCACAACAACCAAGGUCAUGAAAAAGGUAAAGCCAACGCUGUACAUACGAGCAUUUAAAUAAGGGAAUCAGACCUCUGAUUUUUGUAUCUAUGCCCUUUCGUCCACUUGAGUUGUAAUAAAAGAGCAUCAUUCUAGUAGGUCCUUCUGUGCACAAAUGUAUAAAAAAAAUUCUUACGCAAGUAAAUUGAUUUAUGCAAUAAAAUAUUGUAUGUUAUUGGUUAGGUUACUGUUAAUCUGUAUUGUUUUAAGUUACAAACAAAUAAUUCAUUGAGUUCUUUUGCUGGAUUUAUCUGUGUACUGACCUCACUACUGUCUGGAAGACUCAACUCAAUCAACUUGUAUCAACUAAGUAUGAGGUAAAAUAGUAUUGAACUGGCACAAGUGGUACAAAGCAUUAUUCCACUUUACAAAGCAUCACAGAGUCUGAGGAAUCAAAACUUUCCAUCUUGUAUCGGACUGAUUCUGAUUACCACAGUGUGAUAAGGAGUUGGAGGAAGUAUGAAUAAGAACUGAGAUUGGUCUUGGUCCAGCUGCAGUGUUCAUCUCAGCUUUGUGUUAGCGGUUUACUUAGACAAUCUUAAAAUUUAAUCCUAUCAAAAUCCCAUUGCAGGGCAUCUAGAAUUUUGUAGGAUGUAUAGCAUUCCAAUGGCAUGCAUUCUCUUAAACCUUCUCAAAAGCAGGGGUUCCUUUCUUUGUUGUGACAUAAUUAUCACAGAGUGACAUGCAGUCUAUGUGUAGUUCUUACACACUUGUAAUGACAACUGCUGCCUUCUGAAUUAGGAACUAGAAUAGGUAGAAUGAACAUUUCUGCUUGUUCAUACACAGGUGUGUUAAGUAUGUCAAAAACUAUAAAUAAAGAAUAUUAAAAAUUUUAAAAUUAUUUAUUUACAGUAAACCAGUACUAAUGUUCUUUAUUGGUUUAUGUUAUUGUGUUUGCACAUUUUGCAGUGGACCUAAAUGCAUUUGUAUCACUUAUCAACCCCCGGAAAAAAAAAAAAAAAACAGCAACGAAUUAGUAAUAUUUAAUGUACCUCUGUGACAUUGUCCACACCACUUGGACACAAAAAUUGAGAAAAUCCUUUGAAAGUACAGAACUGUAUCAUCUCAUGUUGCAGUGUUAUUGUGGAGCCUCUCUGAGUAAACUGCACUUAACCCAGUGUGUUAUUAGGGCAUGAGGCUGAAGUCCAUGUUGAGUUUGCUCAUUCCCUCCGUUCAUUCAGAUCCGUCCUUUUCACUGGGACCUCAACUUUUUGGAGGUUUUUUUUUUGUGGCAUUUAGCUCUCAUUACUUUUUUUAAUGCAUGUAUUGACUGUGUUUUCCUGAGUACUUUAUGUAUGUAUGCUCAUAUGGAGUAAUCUGAUU